GGUUUUCAAGUGGCACCUGCUGAAUUAGAAGCAGUUCUGCUUACACAUGAUGCAGUAUCAGAUACUGCUGUAGUAGGUUAUUAUUCUGAAGAAGAAGCAACCGAAAUGCCUAUAGCAUAUGUCACAAUUAAAUAUGGAUAUGAGCAAUUUAAAGCUUUAGCGAAGGAAAUUCAAUCUUUUGUAGAUAGAAA